AGCGUUUUUAAUUGUGAAGUAUCUAGGGUGCUCAAGCGUGAGCUGCGUUUUUUUAUUUUUUAUUAUCAUAUUUACGGUCAUUUAUUAGACUUACUGCUGCACUGAAUUACCUUUACACUCGUCACGUGACACGCUUUAGACCCAUUUUCAAACGUAACUAAAUUAACGUCAUAUAAUACAUCCUUAUGAUCCAAGAUUAAUCGUUCACUGCCUCGGGGACCCAUAAACUUAUUAUCAACUUUGCUGCAAACGAUAACUCUUCAUUAAACUCAUUCCUCUGCAUUGUAAAGUUAUGUCGUGUUGCUCAUUCUGAAUAUAAAAGGUAACGUUAUUAUCGAAGAACAUGGGCCGUUUGGACGGGAAAGUGAUUGUCCUUUCUGCAGCAGCACAAGGCAUUGGAAAAGCCUCUGCAAUAGCUUUUGCCAAGGAAGGUGCUCAAGUCACGGCUACAGAUAUCAACGAGGAGAAACUUAAAGAGCUGGAUGGAAUUCCAGGUAUCAAAACCAAAGUUGUUGAUGUUACCAAGAAAGACCAAGUUGAGGCCCUGGCCAAGGACUUUGACCACGUGGAUGUGCUCUUCAAUGUAGCUGGUUUUGUCCAUCACGGCUCAAUACUGGAGUGUGAGGAAUCAGACUGGGAUUUCACCAUGAAUGUGAAUGUUCGUAGCAUGUACCUGAUGAUCAAGGCCUUCCUUCCUAAGAUGCUGGCUCGUAAAUCUGGUAAUAUCAUCAACAUGGCAUCUGUGGCAUCUAGUAUCAAAGGAGUUGCUAACAGAUGUGUCUACAGCACAUCUAAAGCUGCCGUCAUUGGACUGACCAAAUCAGUGGCAGCUGAUUUCCUGGAGCAAGGAAUCCGCUGCAAUUGUGUCUGCCCUGGAACUGUAGAUACUCCAUCUUUACGUGGGAGAAUUCAGGCUAGACCUGAUCCAGAGCAGGCUUUUAAAGACUUCAUGGCCAGACAGAAGACUGGUAGAAUGUGCACGGCAGAGGAAGUGGCACAUCUGUGUGUGUACCUGGCCUCAGAUGAGUCUGCCUACGUAACAGGAACAGAAGCCAUCAUUGAUGGAGGAUGGAGACUCUGAGGAUGUUUUAUCACUCAAAAUCUAAAAAGUUAAUGCUGCUGUGGGCUCUUCCUGAGUCCUGUGAAUCCAUGUCUUGAUUGCAUUUAAUAUGUAUUGAAUCAUUCUUAGCCAUUGACAUUAAAAGCCUCACAGUUUAUAAACUACAAAUUAUUCUCCUAAUAGGUCGUGUUGGGUUCAAGUAGUUCACUUAUUGCUGAACAUCUUACAAUUUUCUGCUUGGUUUAAAAAUGAAUUGCCAUUUUUAAUUGGAAACAAAUAUAAUAGGCCAAAUGUAAUUAAAUGAUUGUCAAUUACAAUCUUCUUUUAGAAUUUUUAAUCAAUAUUCAAAGUUAAGAAUUGUAAACCAUGUCUUGUGUGUGUGCUUUUUUUUUAUUAACUGAAACCUAUAAUUAAAAACAAUAAUUUAACAGAAUAAUCUUUGAAACUCUUAGGUCUGGUUUUACAGACAGGGCUUAGUUUAAGACAGGAUUAGGCCCAGUUCAUUUAGGGCAGUUAAGUAGCUUUUAUAAACAUGCAUUAG